AUGAAAUUAAAGGCCGAUGACUCUACUUUUAGUAUACUAGACUCUUGCUCCAGUCCCAUACGACAUGGGCAAACCACCAGUUCACUCAAGUUGCAGAAUUGGUUUACGCUAUAUCGAAAAGAUAUACGGGCGAGAUUCACUCGUGAAGGCAACGCAAUAUCAGCUGCCGAGUCAUCUCGCAUUGCCGCCGAAAAAGCUGCAGCUCAGUAUAAGUGUGAAAUUCCAGAAAUCGUGAAUUUGUUUAUUCAGCUUGCGGAAGCUGCAAGAGGAUUCACUGGAAAGCUCACCGUUCGUAUGAGUGCAAUACAAACCUGUCAAACGUGUCAGGAGGAUUUGACGUGUACCCGUCUGGUCGAAAGAUAA